AUGUGGAUGAGAAACGUGAAAUGUACAGGCGACGAGGAGAAGCUGUCAGACUGUCCGUUCGCCGGCUGGGAUCGAUACACGCGGUAUCGCUGUCCCGGUCGCUACAGGUCAGCCGGAGUUAUGUGCAGCAGCAAACCACCCACCACAACGACUACGACAACAACCACCACCACAACGCCGACCACAACGACAACUACAACAACCACGACGACUCCAGAGCCAACUACCACAGAGAGAGUUAUGUCCGAGUUGGAACUGGAAAUUGCCAAGUGGGUUUUCAAUCACACUUCCGGGAAUUCCAGCGAGCUUGAACUAGAUCAAGAUGGCGUUCUAAAUGUGGAUUCACAAGCAAACAUAAGCCUCAGUGAAAUCAAUUCCACCGACACAAAAGACGUAAAACGUCGUCUGGACUCUCCAAAAAGUGACAGCCCAUCUGAGUCACAGAAUUAUACCUUAGAUGUAUUGGAUAUUGAAGCUAUAGAGAAGAAAAAGAUUAAGGGAGCAUUGAAUCUUUUGGCAGAUGCUCCAAAAGAAAAGG